AAUCAGUCCCCCUCCCCCACCACUCACUCCUGCACACAACACUCUCCCUCCAACCUCCCCACCACUCACCCGUCUCCCGCCGACCACUCGCCCAUCUUUUCCUCCCAUUCUUCCUCCACAACUUUCUCCCCGACAACCGCUACCCCCCCCCUCCCCCCCCACAACAUUACCUCCUCUCCCCCCAAACUGCCCCGGGCCAUCCCCAAUCACCUUCCUCUCUCUCUCUCUCUACCCCUCCUCCCCUCUCUCUGAGUGAGGCAGCGGGAGUCGGGCUGAGAGAGAGCCGGGCUGAGAGAGCGGAGAUGCGGCGGGUCCGCAGAGCCGGGCCGAUGUUGCUGGUCCUCGCUGCCGCUGCCGCCGCCGCCCUGUUCUGUUCCCUGUGGCCGGAGCUGCGGCGCCUGAUGCCGGGGGCCGAGCCGGGGCCGCACGCAGCCGAGCACCGGAGUCGGGAAUUACCGGAAGAGCCAGAUGAGCAGCUGGAGGCGUUUGAUGAGCGGGGCUACCUGGCGGGCAAGCGGUGGAGGCGGGGGGAAGACCCGUACCGACGGCACGCUUUCAACCAGAGGGAGAGUGGGCGGGUGCCCAGUACCCGCACCGUCCACGACACCAGGCACUACCGGUGCUCCCUGCAGCCGUGGGAGGGGGAGUUGCCUCCGACCAGCAUCAUCAUCACCGUCCACAAUGAGGAGCGGGCAGCCCUGCUGCGCACCAUCCGCAGCUUGUUGAACAGGACGCCGGCCUACCUCAUCCACGAGAUCAUCCUAGUGGACGACUUCAGCCAGGACCCGGCCGACUGCCAGUUACUGACUGUACUCCCCAAGGUGAAGAGUCUACGCAACCAGCAGCGGGAAGGGCUGAUCCGCUCACGUGUGAGGGGGGCGGACGCCGCCACCGCGGGGAUCCUCACCUUCCUUGACAGUCACUGUGAGGUGAAUCGUGACUGGCUGCUGCCCCUCCUGCAGCGCGUCGCACAGGACCCCUCCCGCGUGGUCAGCCCUGUCAUCGACAUCAUCAACAUGGACACCUUCGCUUACGUGGCCGCCUCUCCGGACUUGAGAGGAGGGUUUGACUGGAGUCUACACUUCAAGUGGGAGCCGCUGAGCGAGGAGGUGAGGGUUGGGAGAACCGACCCCAUCGCCCCCAUCAGGACCCCGGUGAUAGCGGGUGGACUUUUUGUGAUCAACAAGGCCUGGUUCAACCACCUGGGCAGCUACGACACCGAGAUGGAGAUCUGGGGCGGAGAGAACUUUGAGCUGUCGUUCCGGGUGUGGAUGUGCGGCGGCUCCCUGGAGAUCCUCCCCUGCAGCCGAGUGGGACACGUCUUCCGUCGCAAACACCCCUACCUCUUCCCCGAUGGUAACGCCAACACCUACAUCAGGAACACGCGACGCACAGUCGAGGUUUGGAUGGACGAUUUCAAGCGAUUCUACUAUGCGGCUCGUCCCUCAGCCAAGGGGCAGCCUUACGGAGAUAUCCAGAGCCGACUGAAGUUGAAGAUGGAUCUGAAAUGCAAGCCCUUCCGCUGGUACCUGGAACAUGUCUACCCCGAGCUCAGAAUUCCCGACGAGACAGACACGGUGCCGGGCGUGAUCCAGCAGAGACAGGACUGUGUGGAGACGGUGGGGGACAGGGGCUCCCUCACCAUGGCACUCCGGCCCUGCCUAGGAAGUCGCCCCCACCUCUACACUCUGUCUGACCCCCCCCAGGAGAGGACCCACACCCCUGGGCAACGCCUGUCACAGCGUCGCCGCUGCUCUGUCACCUCUACCGUCCCAGCAUCGCCUAUCGUGCUGCUUCCGUGCAGUGGUGAGGACAGCAGACAGCGGUGCAUGUUGGCUGGAUCACGGAUCAAGCACGUAGCGACACGUUACUGCCUGGACGUGGAGGUGUUGGAGGCGACCGUCAGCCUGGGGGUGCUGGUCAUCAACCCCUGUGACAGCACAGCACUCACCCAGCUCUGGCACUGGGCCUAGUGGCCGUGGAGAGCAGCGGUCAGUCAGUCACUUGCUGGGACCGUACAUGGAAAGCUCCGGCCACUCAUGUCUAUUGGUCACUCAUGUCCAUCGGUCACUCACGGGGAGCGGCUGUGGAGAGCAUCGGUCAGUCUUGGACAUGGAGAGCACCGGUCAGUCGUAGAGCAGGCAGUGGCCAGGAAGAGCAGGGAACAGCAGUCGAGAACACUGGUCACUCUCUGUCAGUGACCACAAGACCACCGGUCAGUCAUGGGGAACGGCCGGGGAGUGGCUGUGGAGAACACCAAUCAGUCAUGUCCAUCAUGGUCGGGUCAGGACCCUUCUUCAGACUAAGAGGGGAGGAAACUAGGUAAGAAAAGGCCAGAACAAACUAGGGUUGGCAACAGAUGAUCAAGGAAGGGUGGAGCCAAUAAUGCACCAGUCAUUCUCAGGGAGUGGCUGUGGAGAGCACUGGUUAUUCAUGGGGAUCAGAAACAACCGGUUACUCGCAGGGCCCAACCACAAAGCGCUUCAGCCACUUGUGUCCAUCGGUCAUUUCAUCCAUCGGUCACUCACAUCCAUUGGUCAUUUAUGGGGGGUCGACGUGGCCGGGGCUGUACCGGCGUGAGGAUCCGACCUCGGCAGUCCCUGACCCUGAGAGACCGGGUCCGACCCCCUCCUCAGAGCGGGGCUGAUGGUGGGAGGGAAAGGGAGGUGGCAUCUGUGACCGGUCCGAGACCUCCACUCCCAUACCAUCAGUAAUCAUCCCGUGAUCGGAAUCUGACCCACCGACCCACGAUUGGGAGCCGUCCCAUGAUCGGCUCGGGAAGCGGUACACGUAGACCUGAAUGCGUGGGAUCAGAGGGGCAGCUGAAGGGUGUGACGGACUGCGGUGAUCGCGGGUGGUGACGUUGGCAGAGGUGGCCGUGGGAAGCCCGACAGCAGCCGGGCGAGCAAGUGGAUCGAUCGCAACCUGUGGUAGCUGCAUGGAACGGCAGAGGAAGGAGCCGACAGUAUUGCACUGGGCCAGGCAGACUCCUACUCAUUGAUCCAGUGCUGCCAGGACAGAUCUCCUUGGGCCAAGAUCGGACCUUUUCAGAGACUUGAAAGUUGCAGAAUGUGGCGACUCUCUGAGUGCUGUUCCAGAAAAGGAUCUAUUGUACUGAUGUAUGGUAUAAUUUGACUGGAUACUCGCAGAACAAGGUGUAGAAGAAAGGAACUGAUGAUGCCAGUUUACAAAAAAAGACUAAGUGCUAACACAACGGAUCAGGCAGCAUCUCUGGAGAACAUGGGUAGGUGACAUUUCUUCAGUCUGAAUAAGGGUCCCGACCCGAAACAUCGCCUAUCCCUGUUCUCCGGAGAAGGUGGCUGAACCGCUGAGUUACUUCAGCACUCUGUGUCCUUUUGCGCAUUAAUUUUUUCCCUGUACCUCUGAUAAAAUAACUAUGAUAAACCAAUAUCAAGG